AUGCCCGAGCCCGCGCCGCAAGCGGCGCCAGCGCCGGCCGUGCCGCCCGCGCCGCCCGCGGCCCCCCCGCCAGAAGCGGGAGACGCAGCUCCGAGCCGAGAAACGGCGCAGCCGGCGGCGAAACCGGGAACAGCGCUGCCGCGGGAAAACGCGGAAGCGGCGGCGGCUGCUGAGCGGCGGGCAGAAGCGGCGGCGCCGGGAGCGCCCGCAGAGAACGGACCGGCAGCGGCGCCGGGCGCGUCCGCAGAGCGCCGGCCAGAGACGGCGGCGCCGAGCGCGCCCGGGGAGCGCGAAACAGCGGCGGAAGCGGCAACCGCGCCGAACGCGGCUGCUGUGCGGGAGACGAGCGCGGCGCCGACCGCGGCGCCGGGCGCAGCCGUAGUUCCAGAGUCGGCUGCAGCUUCAGUACCGGCUCGGUCGGAACUGGCCGAGACGGCCUCCCGUAAAGAGACUGCUGUACAAACUGCCGCGCAGCCAGCUGCAGUCUGUCUGUUCUGGCUCUGGCGAACCUAG